AUGGGAGUCUGCCUCUCCUGUCUAGGCGUGGGCCGCCGCGCCAACCACGAGUCUGACCGCGCCCGUCUCCUCUACGAUGACUACCCAGCCGGCCACAGCUACGGGACAUGGGGUUCAUCGACCGUUCCGCCUCAAGAUUUGAUGAGCCCGGAAGAGGUGCAGCGCGAACAAGAAGCUCUGGACGGCAUCGCCCGGUGGGCCAGCGACCAGAUUGUCGAAAUCUUCCCCCACAACCACCGCUCCCUGAUGGUGUCUCUGUCACAGCAGCUCAACGGGGUCAAUCACGCCAGUGCUUUUGACGAACCGAACGCGACGCAGGCCCCCUCUUCCCAACAUCAAGAUAUCCUCUUGUCCUUGAUUCCCGGCGACAAAUCCAAGCGCUCGAUACGCAUCUACCCUGCAUCGCGCCCGACCUCAAAGAGCGGCCUGUCUCUCCGAAGUAAGAGUUCCGUGGGGACAGGGAUGAACAGCAACAGCGGAAAACGGGGAGGGGAUACUGUCCUGGUCACGCUCGAUGUCAACUUGCCUUUGACCGUCCAGGUCAUUCCCGUCGUCAAGUAA